CAUUCGAGCUUUCUAUAACAUAAAAAGAAAAAGAAAAAAAAAAAGUGAGAUUAGUGUAAAUGGAGUUGGCACGGAAUGAUCAAACCGAGGCAGCUCUAAGAGGUGAAGCGAACGUAUGGAAAAACAUUAAUGGAAUAGCAGAUUUCAUGGUCAUGAAAUGCGCCUUAGAGUUGAGAAUCCCUGAUAUCGUACACUCGCACUCCGCCCCAAUCACUUUGGCCCAAAUUGCUUCUUCUGUUCCAGAUUCUCCCUCUCUGAACCUCUCCUACCUAUCUCGCAUCAUGCGUCUACUUGUACGUCGUAAGAUAUUCUCUCAACACAAAUCACUAGACGGUGAAGAAGUUCUCUACGGGCCUACUCACUCAUCUAGGUUGCUCUUAAGCAAAACUUUGCCGGAUCAGGUAACUUUGGCUCCGUUUGUUGCAUUCAUGACCCAUCCCUACUUGUCGGCUCCAUGGCGCUGCUUGGCCAGGUGUGUCAAAGAAGGCGGCAACGGUUUUGAGAUGGUCCACGGCGGCCGCCAAUUAUGGGACUUGGCUCCAGGGAAUCCGGAGUUCAACAAGCUUUUCAACGAUGGCAUGGAGAGCACGGCCAGAAUAACAAUGAUGGCAAUUUUGUCCGAAUACAGAGAUGUCUUUUGUGGGAUCGGUUCUUUGGUCGACGUCGGUGGUGGGUUUGGCGGCUCAAUAUCUGCGAUUGUGAAAUCUCAUCCGCACAUAAAAGGCAUCAACUAUGAUCUACCCCAUGUUGUCGCCACCGCUCCAACGUACACCGGACUAGUGUCCCAUGUUGGUGGUAACAUGUUUGAAUGGAUCCCCACAGCCGAUGCAGUUUUCAUGAAGUGGAUACUUCACGAUUGGGCCGAUGAAGAUUGUGUGAAGAUCUUGAAAAAUUGUAGAAGAGCAAUACCUGAGAAGGGUGGAAAAAUUAUCAUAGUUGACAUAGUUUUGGAGCCAGAGGCCAAUGGGUUAUUUGAUGAUGCAGCUGUGAUGCUCGAUAUUGCACUGAUGGCACUAACACGUGGAAAGGAGAGAACCGAAAAGGAGUGGAAGAAGGUGUUGGAAGAAGGAGGUUUCCCUCGCUACCAAAUCUUCAAAAUUCCAGCUUUAACAUCUGUCAUUGAAGCCUAUCCACAAUGAUCAUCACUGUAUACCUACCCUAUUAUGAUGUUCUAGUUGUUCAUAGACACUUUCUUAAAGGUGCAAUAUGGAUGAAUAAGUUAAUUAUAUUUAAAAUAAUAUGAUAUCUCCUAUAUAUAAUAAAUGGCUAUGGAAUGGAAAAUUCAUAGUUUAAUGGAAUAUUUUGUUUUUUUA